GCGGGUGUUGUUGGGAGUAAAAGAAGAGGCUGCCAUAUUGCGGUGAUACAGCGACUUUACAGGAUUGUCUCUUGAGCUGUGUCUUACUUACAAAUAAAAAUGCUCUCCACACAUACUUUUGGAGAUCCUGGAAAGAUGAAAGAUUAUCAUUACACUGGCCCAGCAGAGCACCGCUUCUCACCGUACGCUUUCAACGGAGGGUGAGUGAUUAUUUCUCUCUGAACCGGUUAGCGCGCUAGCUAACGCUUACAUGUAAAUGGAUAAUGCUGGGAAGCUAACCUGCUCAGGAAAUGACUGAAAACAAAGAUUAAGUGGAUGAAAAGUUUCUAUUAAGAGAUUAGUUUAUCUCAGUAGAUGAUAAAACAGUUUAAUCCCAUCUCAGAGUGGAAGUUUACAUCGCAGUUAACGCUUUUUAAAACCUCUCCAUUUGUAGUUUCAUUUUCGAGUCUGUAGCCUGGUUUACCUUAGCAGCAGCAGUGUGGGUAGAAACACCAUUAGUGUUUGAAAGAUUGCUCAUGACUCGAAUUAAUGUAUGAAUUUUAUUUUCAGAACUGUGCUAGCUGUUGCCGGAGAAGACUUUGCCAUCGUAGCCUCAGACACCAGACUGAGUGAAGGCUACUCCAUCCACAGCCGGGAUUCACCAAAGUGUUACAAGCUGUAAGUGUGUCACGAAUGCACAGUGGCCGUGGCGUGUUUUCCUCCUGCUGUGUGCUUAGUAACUAUCAUUGAAAAAAAACACCAAAGUAAAGCCUCAGUAAACGCCUGUGGCCUGAAACUAUUGUCAAUACUACUUUAAAACAGUUGAAAACCAAGUUGCUCUGAGUAUUACUGAAUGUUGUCCUUCUAAUUUCAGGACAGACACCACUGUCAUUGGCUGCAGCGGUUUCCAUGGCGACUGCCUGACUCUGACGAAAAUCAUUGAUGCCAGGUUAAAGGUAAGUAGGAGCAUUAGCAUUUAACCACCAGCUCUAUCAAAUGCUGCUGAGUCAUGUCAAAUUUCCUGUGUCAGGCUGGUUAAGUUAUCUCCACCAGAGCUGACAUGAGGCUGAUGUUCUCAGAUGUUCCAGUUCAAAUAAUCUGUGACAAAAAUCUUAAAAUAUCUUUCAAAAUUCUUGUGACGAGUGCAAAAAUUCAUGAAAUAAUGGGAUUCUGAGUGUCAAGACAUCCUUGUUCCUGUGCAAGUUCUCCACAGGUUUUGGUUUACUCCUAACCCCUGUAUUUACUUCUCUGCCCAUCUCAGAUGUACAAGCACUCAAACAACAAAACAAUGACCAGUGGAGCCAUUGCUGCCAUGUUGUCCACCAUUCUGUAUGGCAGGAGAUUUUUCCCCUACUAUGUCUACAACAUCAUUGGGGGACUUGAUGAGGAGGGUAGGUACUGCUGUUAUGGAGAUACGUUGUGAUUAUAAACACUAGUACUACCUGUGCAUAUGCAUUAAAUUUACAAUAGCUGCCGACAUAUUCUUUUGUGGUGUUUAUUGUGCAUCAAGACAGCAGGAGGCAUGUAAUAUUUCUCAGUUUAAUGCUUAUAUUUUGUGCCACAUACCAAUGUUUGUUUUUUAAUCCAUGUUUGUAUUACAGGCAAGGGAGCAGUGUACAGCUUUGACCCUGUUGGAUCUUACCAGAGAGACACUUACAAAGCUGGAGGAUCAGCAAGUGCCAUGUUACAGCCACUCCUAGACAACCAAGUAAGUCACGUGCGCUGUGUGUUUAUGCCAAUUAAAAUGAAGUCACUUUGAUGGGCAGGUGUCCUGAGGUCCAUUUCCAUCUCUGUUUCCACAGAUUGGUUUCAAGAACAUGGAGGGUGUGCAGCAUGUUCCUCUGACCAAGGACAAGGCGGUUCAGUUGGUGAAGGAUGUCUUCAUCUCCGCUGCAGAGAGAGACGUCUAUACUGGAGAUGCACUUCGGAUCUGCGUCGUCACAAAGGAGGGCAUUGAUGAGCAAACAGUACCACUGAGGAAAGACUGAGGAGGGAAAUGUGUCCUUCCCACUUUUCUCCUCGUUUUUCUUGUCCACAUGCACCCAGUUGUUUCUGCCCUUAAACAUCAAGUUUCUGAAAAUAAAAGUGCUGAUGCAAAAGUAAUUUCUGUCAGCUUCUCUAACUGGGGAGGUAAUUUUCAAAUUUUGUAUAUCCAGUCACAGUGGAACCAACACUUUUCUCUAGCUUUUCCUGCUCAUCCUCUAUAAAUUCUGCAUAAAUUACAACCUCUUUUUUGCAGUUAAAUAUCUUGAAUGAGAGCAGCACUUCUGUUCAAAGAGGCGAAAACUUCUCCUGGCUCAACUCUGGAUGUACGCUUCCUCUGUUGGGAAUUUCCAUAGUUUUUUUUUUUUUUUUUUUUGAAGGACAUAUUCCUCUGUUCUUUUUACAUUCUUAAUAAAUGUAAAGAAUUAUAAAAAAAAUUGUCGUAUUUUUAUGUGUCCUUCUCAUAUAAGCUUACAUAGAUUAUGCUUGCCAUCUGAGCUCCGUAUCCCAGUGGGUGGUUUCCUAAUUUUUGGGGACUGAAAGGAGAGAGAGUCCAUGUAAUGUGGCGUAUUAAAGAAAAACUACAAAAUAAUGUGAUAGAUAUGAUAGAGGUGUGACCUUUAUAUGUCUUAAAUAGGCUAGAAUCACAGCAAAAUGUAAAAGAUUUGAAAGCUUGUAUGGUGUGAGAUUCUUGUGAUAGUACAGCUGUUAGUUCAAAACCCAUAUUCUUACAGUUGCUAGAAAGGUGAAGUUUUAGGCCAUUUCAAAAUGAACUAUUAGUUUAUGAACUUAAAGUAUCAUAACAAUGUAGAGAUAUGCCAGGGGCUGUUUUCCAAUACAACUUUGUUAAAGAGCAUUCCCUUUUGUUAUGAACUGGUCAUCUGCAUUGCUUUCCUUUUUACAUGGAUGUCGUUGACGCUCCUGAGUGUAUAUUUGAAUAAAACAAAGGUGUGCGCUCUACUGGACAA